AUGUUGAUGGCAGGACAAAGAGGCGCCUGUACCAUGAGUGAUGUGGUAGAAAGGAGCCUAGAAGGACCCUUAGCACUCACUACAGACACGUCCUCCCAGAAAAGGGGAGACCUGGUGGAAAUAUUAAAUGGGGAGAAGGUAAAAUUUGACGACACCAGACUCUCCUUAAUUCUCCAGAGCGGCCUGGAGACCCUUCGAGAAGAAAACGCUUUGACAGAUGUCGUCUUGUGUGUGGACAUUCAGGAAUUUUCUUGCCAUCGCGUGGUGCUUGCUGCGGCCAGCAACUAUUUCAGGGCCAUGUUCUGCAACGACUUAAAGGAAAAGUAUGAGAAGAGGAUCAUUAUUAAAGGGGUGGAUGCUGAGACCAUGCACACUCUUCUGAACUACACAUACACAAGCAAGGCUCUGAUCACCAAGCAGAAUGUUCAGCGGGUUCUGGAGGCUGCCAAUCUUUUUCAGUUUCUGCAGCUGGUGGAUGCUUGUGCCAGUUUUCUCACAGAAGCCUUGAACCCAGAAAAUUGUAUUGGAAUACUAAGGCUGGCCGACACUCACUCCUUGGACAGUUUAAAGGUGCAAGUUCAAAGUUACAUCAUCCAAAAUUUUGUUCAGAUACUGAACUCCGAGGAGUUCCUUGAACUUCCUGUGGACACCUUGUACCAUAUCUUGAAGAGUGACGACCUUUGUGUGACCGAGGAGGCGCAAGUGUUUGAGACUGUGAUGAGCUGGGUCCGGCACAAACAAUCAGAACGACUCUGCCUGCUCCCCUGUGUCCUCGAGAACGUGCGCUUACCACUUCUGGAUCCAUGGUACUUUGUGGAUACGGUCGAAGCAGAUCCUCUCAUUAGACAAUGCCCUGAAGUCUUUCCGCUGCUUCAGGAAGCCAGGAUGUACCACCUUUCUGGCAAUGAGAUUAUUUCAGAGCGCACCAAGCCCAGGAUGCAUGAGUUCCAGUCUGAGGUAUUCAUGAUCAUUGGCGGGUGUACAAAGGACGAACGAUUUGUGGCAGAGGUAACCUGCCUUGACCCCCUGAGGCGCAGCCGCCUGGAGGUGGCCAAGCUCCCACUGACGGAGCAUGAGCUGGAGAGUGAGAAUAAGAAGUGGGUGGAGUUCGCAUGCGUGACAUUAAAAAAUGAGGUCUACAUCUCAGGUGGCAAAGAAACACAGCAUGAUGUCUGGAAAUAUAAUUCUUCAAUCAACAAAUGGAUUCAGAUUGAAUAUUUGAACAUAGGCCGCUGGAGGCAUAAGAUGGUUGUAUUGGGUGGCAAAGUCUAUGUAAUUGGGGGUUUUGAUGGCUUACAAAGAAUCAACAAUGUGGAGACUUAUGACCCCUUCCACAACUGUUGGUCAGAGGCUGCACCCCUCCUUGUCCAUGUCAGUUCCUUUGCAGCCACUAGCCAUAAGAAGAAGCUGUAUGUCAUUGGAGGAGGACCCAAUGGGAAGCUGGCCACAGACAAGACUCAGUGUUAUGAUCCUUCCACCAAUAAAUGGGUCUUGAAGUCUCCCAUGCCAGUAGAGGCUAAAUGCAUCAAUGCAGUGAGUUUCCAGGAUCACAUCUAUGUUGUUGGCGGUGCCAUGAGAGCGCUCUACGCCUAUAGUCCCCUGGAGGACAGCUGGUGUCUGGUGACACAGCUCAGUCACGAGCGAGCCAGCUGUGGCAUUGCUCCCUGCAACAACAGGCUGUACAUCACCGGCGGGAGGGACGAGAAGAAUGAGGUCAUUGCCACUGUGCUCUGCUGGGACCCUGAGGCUAAGAAGCUAACAGAGGAAUGUGUCCUGCCACGAGGGGUUUCUCACCACGGCAGUGUCACCAUCAGGAAGUCAUACACUCACAUCCGGAGGGUUGUGCCUGGAGCAGUGUCUGUGUGACUGCAAAGGGAAUCAGCAAACGGCCUCUGGAGUCCCUGAGCACGGAGUCUGUACCCAAGCUUGCUCAGGUCCCUCAUGAGCCGUAGGCUUGACUGGGGUUUAAGGCUCAUCAUGAGGCGCCCAGGAAGCUGUAAAAUGUGUGAGACCAGCUGGGAAUGCUUAUGCACCCUACCUCAGGAAGAAGGGGAAUGCUUAACAUUCCGUACACGCCUGUGCCCUGCACUUAGCCAUACUAAUUCACUUAACUAUGGUAAUGGCCUGCUGCCAGAUCCUAGCCCGCCUGUCUUAGAAGCAGGGAAAAAGAGUUUCAGACAGGCCAGCUUUCAGCAGGUCACUCAGGAAGCAGGUAGCUCAGCCAGAGUAAACCCAGCCAACCCCAGACUUGGCUAGUGUCUCCUUCUGGCAAGUUGGCUAAAGACGGGAAUGAAGGUGUUUGUCUGCUGCCUUCCUUUUAUUCCUUGUACAUAAACCACAGGAGAACCCUGGUCUUGGAGCUUUUUAGGUCACUUGUACCAAGAGCAUCUCCUAUGAUCUCCCACUGGACCAGUCAGUUGGGACUAGUCUGGGCCAGCCCAUUGAUUUCGAAAAAGGUGAAAGAUAUGUCCUGUUUCCCCUCACAUCGUAAUUGUUGCUUCUGAUUAUAGCGUAUACCAUUUUGGACUAGAACUCUCACUUCCAGUUAGUGGCUGGGGUGGCUCAGUGGAUAAAGCACUGUGCAAGACCAGUGUUAGGAGCCCUAGAUCUACAUGAAAGCUGAGUAGGCAGGGAUUCUCCAGGUCAAGCUGGGCAGUUAGUCAGAGUUGGUUACUCUAGUUCAUCACGAGAUCCUGCCUCAGGGAAUGAAAAUGGAGAGUGAUCGCUGGGAAAGUGAGGGUUCAGCACAUAAAAGUGAAGAAUGACUGAGGAAGUCAUUUGACGUCAACAUUGGGUCUUCACACUUGUGAACACACAUACA